AUGGGGAAGGCGCGGCACGCCGCCAAGCUCCCCCUCGCCCUCAUCCCCAAACCAAAACCCAGACCCCACGCCGCCUCUCCCUCCACGCCGCCGGCGCCGCCUGCUCCUCCGCCCGCGCGUCCACCCGCCAAUCCUGCCAAACUCCGCAAGAAGCCCCACGGAACCUCCAAAAGAUCCACAGCCCUGCCCCCCGCCGACGCCGCCGCCCCGGCCGUGCAGGAGGAGCGGAAGCCCAUCCGUACGCCGGCUGACCUCGCGGCCGCCAUCCGCGCGGCGGCGGACGCGGACGUGGACGCGGCGGCCGCUUUGGCCCUCUCCGCGCCGCCGGACGUGCCGCUUCCGACGCACUCCCUCGCGCUCCUCCUCCGCCGCCUCGCCACCACCCGCUCCGUCUUCGCCGCGCGGGGCCUCCUCGACAAGCUCCACCCCGCCGGCGAGGACGACGGCGCCCCGCGCCCCAACCCGGCGCCGCGCGGGGCGCUGCUCGCGCUCGCCGACGCCGUGUGCCACCGCGGCGGGCCGCGCGAGAUCUCCGGCGUCCUCCCGGUGCUCAGGGACCACGGCGUCCGCGCCGACGCGCACCUCUACAACGCCCUCAUGAAGGCGCACGUCGCGGCGGACGACCCCGGGGCCGUCCUCCGCGUGUUCCGGCAGAUGAGGAGCGACGGCGUCGACCCCGACCUCGUCACCUACAACACGCUCAUCUUCGGCCUCGCGCGCGCCGGGAUGGUCGCCAAGGCCAGGGCUUUCCUCGACGCCAUGGCCGCGGAAGGCCACCUCCCGGACGUCAUCACCUACACCUCGCUCAUGAACGGGAUGUGCGUCCAGGGCGACGCGCUUUGGGGCGCUGAAGCUACUCGAGGAGAUGGAGGCCAAGGGUGCCAGCCCAAUGAGCGCACCUACAACACGCUGCUAAUGGGUCUCUGCAAGAACAAGAAGCUGGACAAGGCCGUGGAGGUGUACAAGUCCAUGCCUAUUUUCCUUGUUGCACAUGAAUUGAACAUGGGUCUCUGCAAUCACAAGAAGCUGGACAAGGCCGUCGAGGUGUACAAGUCCGUGGAAGUGGCUGUGAUGAAGCUUGAGUCGUCAGCAUAUGCCUCGUUUGUCAGGGUGCUUUGUCGAUCGGGCAGCGUUGCCGGCGCGUAUGAGGUGUUUGAUUAUGCGAUUCAGACCAAGAGUUUCACGGAGGUGACGGCGUAUUCUGAGCUUGAGAACUCUAUCAAGUGGCUGCGCAAGAUGAAGUCAUGA